CAGUCGUGUCUGCACUGUUUCACGGGGGUUUCACGGGGGUUCCACCUCCCCAAGCAGCCAUUUUACGAUUCUGCCCCUCACAUCACUCGUCCGCCACCACGAUCGGCGCCGCCGCCCGCCUCCUCCUCCUCCCGGACGGAGACCAACCAGGGCGAAUGGCUGCGCCGGCGAGCGAGGACGAAAGCAAGGACGUGGACGCCUUCCUGUCGUCGUGCGCGGCGUCGGGCGAGGCCGCGUAUGCCGCCGCCGAGGCCGUGCUCGAGCGCCUCCAGGCCCGCGCCUCCCGCGCCGCGGCCCGACGCCUCCUCGGCGCCGUCCGCCGCCGCUUCGACGCCGGGCAGGAGCACUGCUUCCUCACCUUCCACUUCCGCGACGUCGUCGUCGACCCCCACCCCCAAGGUCGGUCCCCUGAUCCUCUCCGCAAACGUAUCACCUUUCGCGGAAACCGGCCGACUGGCCGUCGAAAUUUCCCGGACUGCGAAGAAUCAGGGUUCCAGCAAAGCACGAAGCUAACAAUGAUGGAGAUACCUAGCAUUUUCACUCCUGUGGAUUGGUCCUUCGCUUUUUAUGAGGGCCUUAAUCAGCAUCAAGAUUCCACUUCCAGGGAUAAGACGUAUGCAGAGCUGGGGUGUGGCAAUGGUUGGAUAUCUAUUGCGCUUGCAGAGAAGUUGUCCCCUUUGAAGGUCUAUGGUCUGGAUAUUAACCCAAGGGCCAUCAAGAUUGCAUGGAUAAAUCUGUACUUGAAUGCCCUAGACGACAAUGGUCUCCCGGUCUAUGACAGGGAGGGAAAAACAUUGUUGGAUAGAGUUGAAUUCCAUGAAUCUGAUCUUCUUUCAUACUGUAUAGAUAACAAGAUAGAACUUGAUUGCAUUGUUGGCUGCAUACCACAGAUUCUUAACCCCAAUCCAGAGGCAAUAUCAAAGAUUAUGACUGAAAAUUCAAGUGAGAAGUUCUUGUACUCCUUGAGCAACUACUGUGCUCUUCAGGGUUUUUUUGAGGACCAGUUUGGCCUCGGGUUGAUUGCUCGGGCAGUUGAAGAAGGAAGAGCUGUCAUAAAGCCUAUGGGUAUAAUGAUAUUCAACAUAGGAGGCCGACCAGGUCAAGGUGUCUGUGAACGCCUAUUUCUACGCCGUGGAUUCCAUAUCAGUAAGCUCUGGCAAACAAAAAUUAUGCAGGCUGCCGACACUGAUAUUUCAGCUUUAGUUGAAAUUGAACAAAACAGCCCACAUCCAUUUGAAUUUUUUAUGGACCUUGUCGGGGAUCAGUCUGUCUCUGCACGCACAGCCCAGGCAUACAUGAAAUCUGGUGGCCGUGUUUCACAUGCUUUGUCUGUGUAUAGCUGUCAACUUCACAAACCCAUUCAGGUGAAGAAAUUAUUUGAGAUUCUUAAAGAUGGGUUCAAUGAAAUCAGCAGCUCCCUUGAUUUGUCCUUUGAUAAUGAUUCGGUUGCUGCUGAAAAAAUGGCCUUCCUAGUAUACCUUGCUAGUUUUUUGAAAGAGAAUAAGUCCAAUCCUUGUGAGCCUCCAUUUGGAUGUUUAAACUUCCGGAAUCUUGUUGCUGAAUUUAUGAAGAGCUACUACAACAUCCCAUCAACUUCUGAUAAUGUUGCUGUAUUCCCUUCUCGUGCUGUUGCCAUAGAAAUUUCUCUUCGACUGUUCUCACCGGCGCUUGCAAUUGUGGAUGAACAUCUGACCAGACACUUGCCGAAGCAAUGGUUAACAUCCUCAGCAAUUGAGGGAAGAGCAGAUUGUGACCGUGCUAAAGACACAGUCCUUGUAAUUGAAGUACCACGCCAAUCAGAUUUGCUGAUUGAGUUGAUCAGGAAAUUGAAGCCUCAGGUGGUUGUUACUGGCAUGGCUAAGUUUGAGGCUAUCACCAGUGCUGCUCUUGUGAAUAUACUAAGUGCAACAAGAGAUGUUGGUUCGUGGCUGUUCGUAGAUAUUUCAGAGCAUCUGGAGUUGUCUAGCCCGCCAAAGUCUAAUGGUGUGUUGAAGUAUCUUGCUGAGAACACCCUACCUUCGCAUGCAGUUAUACUCUGUGGUCUAGUAAAGGAUCAGGUUUAUUCUGAUCUGGAAGUUGGUUUUGCCAUAUCUGAGGAUGAAACUGUCUAUAAGGCGUUGUCACGAACUAUUGAGCUAUUGGAAGGACAUACUUCUGUGAUCAGCCAGCAGUAUUAUGGCUGUCUUUUUCGCGAGCUACUGGCGUUCCAAAUUGACAACCGGCAUGCACAGCGAGAGAGACAACCUGCAGAAGUGAUACCUCAGAAGAUGAUAGGAUUUUCUAAUUCAGCUAUGUCAGCCCUAAAAGAAGCUGAAUUUUUCGUUCCUGAUUCCAAGGAAUCUAGUAUCAUUCAUAUGGAUCUAGACCGCAGCUUCUUGCCAGUACCUUCUGUGGUGAACACUUCCAUUUUUGAAAGUUUUGUUAGGCAGAACAUCACGGAUUCUGAAACUGAUGUUCAUUUCAGCAUUAAAAAGCUGGUGAAACAUUACUAUGGUGGUUUCCCAGGAGACCGUUAUGCUGACAGGUUAGAUGGCUUCGAACAAGGUACCUUCUUUUUCCCUUUGGGCACCAAUGGGCACUAUGUCUCAGCAGCAAAGUUUAUGAACGCAAACAUCUCGACCAUUCCAACAAAUUCAGAUUCAGGAUUCAAGAUUGAACCAAUGGCUCUAAACAAAGCUCUAAUUGAGGAAGAAAAUUGGGCCUGGGUCUAUAUUUCUGGCCCUACAAUUAACCCUUCUGGUUUCCUGUACAGUGACAAGGAGAUACGACAUCUGCUUUCUAUUUGUGCUAUGCAUGGAGCUAGGGUAGUGAUAGAUACCUCCUUCUCUGGUCUGGAGUUCCAAACCGACCGCUGGGCUUGGAGGAAUUUGGAAAGAUUUUCUUAUAAUGUUUGCUUAGAUCCCCCAUUCACAGCUUUUAUGCUCGGAGAGCUGUCCCUUGGGCUGACUGCGACUGGCCUUGAUUUCGGGUUUCUAAUUUUCAAUGACCUGUCCGUCGUUGAACAUAAUCUCGCAAACUUGAGUCAGCCAGAUAGCACAUUGAAGUACACUUUCAGAAAGCUAUUGGGUCUUAAGAACAAGAGGGAUCAACACUUCUCUAAUCUCAUCAUGGAGCAAAAGGAGACACUGAAAAAUCGUGCCAACCACUUGGCAAAGGUUAGGCUUUUGUAACAUUCUGAACUGCCCUCUUAAAUUUGUACUCCCUUCCAGAUCUUAGUUUCACAUAGAAAGAUUGGCAGAACCUUAUUAGCGUAAUCUGAGUAACUUGAGUUCAUGUUGGCAAUCAUUCCA